AUGUCAAACCCUUGGCAUCUCCAAGGUGGUGCUUCCGCCCUGAAACCGUCGCCUCUCACCGCUGGUGAGACUCCUCCUCCGCCCCUCAUCCCUCCUGACCCUCCAGACCUGGCCACACCAUUCUCUCCCCAAAACUACCCUCCCUUAGGCACUUCCCCUCCAUUUACUAAGAACCGUAAACAGUCCUCUUCAAAGGAUACUGUGAACCCUUCUUCCCAACCAUUUACUGCCUCAACUAACGCCCAAUCUCCCAUAACUACUUCUCUUGCUACUGUCUCCUUUGGAUCUAUCCAGUAUGUAGAAAGAGACAGCCCUAUUAACGAAACUGAAUCUGGAAUUACUGUAGAAAAACCCUAUUUCUACAUUCCUCCGAUUAAAAACUCGCCCCUGCAAACUAACAGAGCUUCAAUGGGAGCCUCUGUUCCACUACCUAUUACUCCUCUCAGCCCCCCUACCCCUACCCUCCCCUCUAUCCCUAUCCCUAUCCCUAACCCUGUAGCUGUUCACCAAAACCCUUCUCCGGUCACUCAAUCUCUCCCGGUACAAAACUCUCAGCCUCAAACCUCUCAGCCUCAAACCUCUCAACCCCAAAGCCGUCACUCCCUCGUUGAAAGAUUAAGACUCUCGGAAAGCAAGACACUGACUCGUCUAGCCCCAGUGUCUAAGGCAGCAAAUGGUCGUCCUCGAAUUCUAAUCACUGAUGACGUCUUCAAAAUUGGUGAAUAG